AUGUUGGGACUACUGCUUCGUUAUCCAUUGGAUUUUACCCGAAUCCACCUUGGGAAUGAUGUCAAAGUUGCUCAACUACAUUUUUCUUUGGAUUCUUCUGGCAAAAACAUCAGCAAUGCCAUUGGCAAUUGGAAGUUCAAUGGUGUUUUUGACGUUUGUAGAAAGACCCUACAAUUGGAAGGCAUAGUUGGUUUUUACCGUGGAUACACUGCUGCAUGCGUUGGUGUUUUUGCAUAUCAGGCCUCAACUGUGUUUAAAUCUUACUACAGAGAAAAACUAACAAAGGAAAAACAUACGUAUUCAGCUAGGAUUGCACCUAUCAUUUUCAUGGGUCUCCCUGUGAUAUUUUACCCUAUUCUUACUAUCAGCCAUAGAAUGAUGAUGGCCUCUGGCGAAGUAACCAAGUACAAGGGUGCUGUGGACGCCGUUUGUCAAAUUGUCAAACACGAAGGAGCUUCCUUGUAUAAGGGUUUGGGUGCAUAUUUAGUCUAUUGCUGUGCUAAAGAUGCCAUUGUUCUUGCUUUCGUUCACUUGGCUUACUCUAGAAUUGAUAACCUUAGAAAAUGA